AUUGUUGUUGUUGUUGUUGUUGUUGUUUCAAAUACAUCCAUUCAAAAUACAAACAUUCAUUAUCGAAAUGGUAUUGUAUACCACUACAACGACGGCUACGGCAACUACAACGACAACAACAACGACGGCGACGACGACAAUCAUGAUUUAGCCAAUUUCAAUUCAGAAUGAUGAUGAUAAUGUUAUGAUGAUGGUGAAAUGUUUUCUUCGUUCUUCUGUGAAAAAAAACCGUGAACAUCAACAACAACGAUGAUGAUGAACAAUAAUAUCGUUAUUUUCUAGAAAAUUGCUUCAUUUCAAUAGCAUCAUUAUCAUCAUUAUCAUUAUUUACCCAUACACGCACACACACACACACAUAUUGGGCCGUACCCGAAUUCAGCUACAACGAAAAAAAAACAACCGAAAUAUGAAACUUGAAUUUGUAAAAUACAAAAACUUGACGAAAUCAACAAUCAAACGCAUUCAUUCAUUCAUUCAUUCAUUCAGCAGCAGCAGCAUCAGUAAACAGCAAGAUUUUCAAGUAACGAAUUUCAAAUUGUCUUUUUUUUUCUUGUAUAUUUAGUGAAAGUUAAACUCAAUAAUUUUUUUUCGGGUUCAAGUGUCUCUUUCUUAAUCUUCAUAAUAUCCAAGAUUACCGCCACUACCAAUCGAAAUCAACCACCAAUCAAAAGAAAAGAAAAGAAUAAACAACUUUGGCCAACCAAAAUUAUCGACAACAAAGUUUAAAUGGUUGAUUGAUUGUAUCUACCAGUUCUCUUUUUCUCUCUCUCUCUUUACUGUGUGUGUGUGUUGUAUACAUGUUCAACAAGUGAGCAAAAGAAAAAGAAACCAAGUUAGGUUAGUGGGUGAAGGUGCCAACUACCAAGUUAACAACAACAACAACAAACUUAUUCACAUUUCGUUGAAAAAUAAAUAAGAAUCUAUUGUCCAUUUUUUUUCGUUGGAAAUCAGUGGAAUUCAAAUCAUAAUCAUCAAAAAUGUGUGUUAAUCGUAGUCAACGUCAUUGUUGUUUACAGGGAACAUUAAUAUUCCUAUUAACAAUCUGUGUCAUUGGUUUUGGUGCCAUAAUUGCCAUCUAUUUAGGUGUUUAUUAUUCAACAGAACAAUCUAUUGGUCUACGUCAACAGCGAGAUUUAAAUGGACAAAAUGAAAAAAUUCAAUCAUUAUUUCAACGAUUAAUACAAAAACGAUCCAAUGAUGGUUAUAUGACAACAGCAACCACAGCAACAACAACAUCCAGAUCAUUUGAAGAAAAUUUGGUCCAUAUAUUUUAUAAACGAGAUUGUCCAUUCAAUGGAUGGUUGGUACAAAGUUCAAUAUUGUUAGAUCAAUGUCCAUAUAUUUCACAACAAAUGCCCUUAGAAUCGUUGAAUAAUGUUCAAUUUAAUAAUUGUCUACGUGAUUCAUUCUGGUUUUUGGGCAUGGCAUCGAUCGUACCAUUUUUAUUAACAAUCAUCACAUUGAUUGUUGCUUGUCGUCUAUGGCUUUGUCCAAUGAUUACAAUGGCCAUUGUUUAUCUGGCAUUAGCAUUGGUAUUGAUUAUAUUUACAAUACUAUAUAAAUCUGGUUCAAUAUUGACCGAUGGUUGGCCAUUAUUCAUUGGAAUCAUUGCAUUAGUUUGUCUAUAUGCAUUGUUAUCAUUAUUAUUGAUCACAUUAUUCGGUCUGGUCACGUGUGAACGUCGUCGACAACAACGACCGGCAAAAACCAAUGGUACAUCCGAUAAUGAUCAUAUGAUGAAAAUGUGUGGUGGUGUUGGUGAUGAUGAUGAUGAAAUUGAUGAUCCAAAUGUACCAUUAUAUCAUCAUAAAAAUGGUGUUUAUUCACCACAGAAACAUACAGAUUUUGAUGAUAAAAUUAAAGAUUUCAAAUAUAUUGAUGAUGAUAUGAGCUAUGUGUUACGUCGUGGAUAAAUAACAACAACAACAAAAA